AAUGCGCGUGAAAGGGUUAACGCGAGAGUGAAACGUGAAGGAAGAAAAAGAAGAAACUUUCCGCACGCAAAGAAACUUCAUGCCGUGUUUUUCAUGGGAAUUUAGUUGAAUUUUGUGGCUCAAAGUAAUGCAAAAAGGUAGUGAAUUCCCAGGUUGUUAGUUCUAGAAUAGAUUAUUCGAAAUGGCUGAGGUUGUGCAGCGUCCACAGAGAUUCUAUUGUCAUCUGUGCAGCUUAGAGAUCGAGAACAUUUCCUCGGAUUUCACAUGCCCCCUGUGCUCCGGGGGAUUUAUUGAGGAAUUACCGGCGGCCGCGGCUGCAGAGCCCUCAAAUGCUGACGAUGUCGAGAUGUCCGAGUCCGAUGCCAAUGUUUUCCCGGACCUCAAUCAUCGGCUGAACGAUGAGCUCCUCUCCACGUUGUUCAUGUCAAUGACGGGCGCUAGACCGAUACCACCGGACGGUGGUCCGGGCGAGGGACAAAGUACCGCCGCCCGGACACGCGGUCGCGCCAAUCGGAAUCCCCGCAUUGGCGUCCACAAUGUUAAUCUGGACAGUUUUUUGCAUGAUUUUGUGAUAUCGGUCAUGGGUGCAGGCCCCGGGACACCCAUGUUCUUCAUGGGUAAUCCAGGAGACUACGCCUGGGGGCAUGAAGGUAUCGAUACGAUAGUGACGCAAUUGCUGAAUCAGAUGGAAGGGACGGGACCGCCGCCCUUGGCGCGGGAGAAAAUUGAUGAGAUACCCAAAGGUGAGAUUUGUCAGGAGCAAGUAAACACCAAGCUGCAGUGCUCUGUGUGCUUAGAAGACUUUCAACUCAGUGAAACCGUGAGGCAGUUGCCGUGCUCGCAUCUCUACCAUGAGAAUUGCAUCGUGCCGUGGCUUGAAUUGCACGGAACCUGCCCCAUCUGCCGCAAAGCCCUGUCUCCAGAGGCUGAAGAAUUCUCCCGGAGUAAUUUAAAUGCAGCUGCAACUCUGGCCGUAAAUUCUCUGAGAAAUACACUUUACAGAACUGAUAACGAAGCCCCAGGAUCGUCGUCUAGUCAACAGAGCCAGCCACAAGCGUCAACAAAUCCGUCAGAUGCCAAUCAGUCGGAGCACCACCGGGCAAGGAAUCAGAGGCGCUAUGACGAUGACGAUGGUCCGCCACAAUUUGAUUUUGAUUAAGAAAAAGACAGACAUCCCAUCCUUGUUUUCCUGUAGUAAAGAAGGAAACAUUGUGUUUGCGGUUUCAUUGGACGAGACACAGAGAUCACACUUUUUUUCCAAGUAUGUUGUUUAUUUAUCAGUUUUAAAAGCAUCUCUCUCCUCUCUUUCAAUUCUCACACAAUUUAUGCGAACAAAGAAACAUGUUCCCUGAGUUUUGUAAUUUGUUCACUUUUGCCUCCCGCUCAAUAAUCGAAUUGUAUGAAAAUUCCUUUUUAAAAGAAAAAUUUAUCACAAAACAUUUUUGUCCAUUUGCCGUGUGAAUCACAUAAAAUUUACCUUUUUGUGGAGAGUAUUGAUGUGUUGAGUUUCUCGUACGUAGAAGAGGUGUUUUGUUGCGCGGCUUCACUUUGCGAAUUUGCUUGUGACCAAAAUAGGGCUAAGAAGAAGGGGAAAAUGGAAAAGCAGCAAGAAGUAUUAAGUUUAUUACAAAUAAAUUGCAGAGAAAAACUAUGAAAAGAUUUCAGAAAUCCGAGAAACUCGCUGAGAUAUGGUUAUGCAAUCUCACUCCAAUGUAAUCCCAAUUAAUUCUCAAUCUAAAUUAUUCUCUCUAUAUAUAUUAUAAAUAAAGAAAAAAUAUAUAUAUUCCUCCCAAUUUGCAAUAACACCCCCCUAAUAUUGGUGGGAGCAUUGCCUGUAAUUCCAGUAAAAAAAAACAAACCAACAAUUAAAGAAAGAAAAGAAUUGUUAAUUUUUGUGAAUGUUGAUUAAUUUUGUUCCAAUGAUACCCCCCAAGUUAACAAAAAUUCCCUUUAUUUCCUGUGUGAGUGAUUGAGACGAAAAUAUGAAAAAAAGAAACUGAGAAAAUAUACAAAAAAAAUCAUAAACUAUUACUAUAGCUUCUAUUGUAAACAAAUGACAUAGUUAGGUACUAAACGAUUUGCUUAAUUUAUCACAGAAAACAGAAAAAAAGGAAAUGAAGAAAAAGCGAUGAAAAAAAUCAUAAACGGCGAGAAAUUAAUGAAAAAAAAUAAAGUGUGAAGUCUCAAAUAAA